UUUUUAUAUUAUGCAAUGCUGACAUUUAUUGUUAUUUGAGCUAUUUGAUACCACUGAUAUUAUUCAUUUGAUACAUUGAUAAACGUCUUACACACUGAUUGAAAUAGUUUUAUUAGCAUUUAUAAAAAAUGUUUUAAAAUGUAGAUAUUGGAAUCAGUGAUAUUCGUAAAAAAGGAACGAUAUAAUUGUGGGUUCCUUAACCUCUUCGUUAUGUUUUGAAGAUUCAGCGGUUCCAGCAGUUACACUAUAUCAAUAUAUUUAUUAAGUUAAAAAUAUUCAAUUAAUUACGAUAAAUAUUUACUAUUUGUGAGUCAGAUAGAUUUUUUACAGACAAUCAUGUUUGGAACAUUACGUGACAAGUUUCAUUCUGUUCAGGAAGGAAUAUCUGCAAGCAUUCGAGGUUUAACAAUUUCAGAAUCCGCAAAGUCGAAGAAACCUGAAAAUAUUAGAAAUGUAAAUUACAAUGCAGGGGCAGAUAUCCUGCAUCGAUAUCAAUUACAGUGGAACGAGUUGCAUGAGCUGGCAGAAGAAAAUGCCAGAAACGCACAAGAUGUCGAUUCUAUCGUUGCUGCGAUUCACGAAAAGUUAGAACACGAGUGGAAAAGCAUAUUUUGCCUAAAUAACACAUUGUCGGUGAUACCAAAAGUUAAUGACACGAUAAAAAACCUUAUGAACCAAAUAGGCACAUUACAUGAAAUGUUUGAAGAGGUUGAACACGCUCUUUUCGAGCUUGAAGAUCUAAACGAAAUGUUGGACUUGCAAAACAGACAAGUGGACCAUAGGUUUCAAUUAACUCUCUACAAGGAGAAUAAAGUAUCUGAAUUAAAUUCCGCUCGAGCUAAAUUAGCGAGCGAGCAUUCUGAAAAAAUAUUGAAGCAUGAACUUAAGCAACAAAGAACGUUGCGUGAAAGACAAGCAACUUUCGAAGAGGCUUUCAAAGAAGAAUUAAAUCAGUAUAAAGCGACCGGCUCCAUUCCAAAGACUUCCAGAUCAACUGAAGGUCCGUCUUUAGACGAGAUCGUGCUGGAAACGGAUUCUUCGGACUUUGACGCAUUUUUGAGAAGUUAAUUAAUAACUGUUUGAUGAUAAUAAAAAAAUAAUUUCGGUCAAUUCCCUUGUUAUGCGAAAACAUAAAAAGCUUUCCAGGAUUGAACGAUGAUUGACUGAAUAUCGGACAAAUAGAAAUUAGG